CUCAAAAUUUCAUUGUUCCUAUCAGUAUAUAUGAAACGAAAAUCGUUUGUAGUUACCAUAAGAUGGAGCUGUUGGAUCAUGGAGAUGAUUCAAACAUUUUAUGUAAAAGGUCCAAAUGUGUUGCUGUAAAAAAUAAUUAGGAAAUGUGAUAUUUUAGACCUUUGUUCAUCAUAAAGUGAUACAUCAUUUAUUUCAACCCAUGAGUCAAACUAAAUUGUAAAGCUGCACACCCCCAAAGUGGCUGCAGGUAGAGAAAGGGCUGCUUCUAUUAGAUGUUAUAUUCCUAUAACAGGAUCCAAAAGCUAAAGGGAAUUCUUCAGUGUGCUAAUGUGUAAUAAAUCAAAUGCAUCAGGAUUGGGGGCCUGCUAAGCUCCACAUUCAACAAGCAGGCCACCGGGUGGUUCACUGGAUUUAAUUCAACCUAAUAGGAUUACCUGCCACAAGCUGGCGAUGGCCAGGCAGCAUUUUAUCAAUUCACAGCAACAGCGCUGGAGCACCACUAAGGCCUAUGUUUUAUUAUUAAUGUCGCUUUAGAGAAAAUCUUCAAAUCUAACAAAUCUGAUUUCCUGAAUCUAUGGGGUAAUAUUUAAAAAAUCUAAGUGGUCUAGCAUUGAGUUGAGUGAAAUGGGGCUGCUUGAUAAACUGUCCGGCUGGCUUGGCCUAAGGAAGAAAGAAGUCAACGUUUUGUGCUUGGGGCUGGACAACAGCGGCAAAACUACAAUCAUCAACCAGCUCAAGCCAUCGAAUCAUCCCAAUCAUUUAGGUCCAUUGUCAGAAGAAUGGAAACAUGUUAGUCAGGCACAGGCUCAAGACAUAGUCCCGACGAUCGGCUUCAACAUUGAAAAGUUCAAAAGCUCCAGCCUGUCCUUCACAGUUUUUGACAUGUCUGGCCAAAACAGAUACAGAAGCUUAUGGGAGCAUUACUACAAGGAAAGCAAUGCAAUUAUAUUCGUCAUUGAUAGCAGCGACAAACUGAGAAUGGUUGUGGCAAAGGAAGAGCUCGAAACUCUUCUAAACCAUGAAGAUAUCCGCAACAAAAAGAUCCCAGUGCUGUUCUUUGCAAACAAGAUGGAUCUGCGGGAUGCUCUCUCUUCUGUCAAGGUCUCGCAAAUGUUGUGUUUGGAGAACAUCAAAGACAAGCCCUGGCACAUCUGUGCCAGCAAUGCCAUCAAAGGAGAGGGUCUGCAGGAAGGGCUGGACUGGCUGCAAGAUCAGAUUGCACAAUCAUAUCAAAACAAUGAACAAAUGAGUGACCAUGCAUGACCAGAAGACGGGGGACAAGAAAACUGGAUCCGACUUGCUUUUUAUUCAUGUCUCUUGAUGUUGUAAGCCUUAAACUUCAAUGUCAAAAAGUCAAGCAUUGAUAUUGAGCUGAACUUUUACUGAUCUAUUUACCAAUAAAAGAAGUUAUCUAAAUUGGACCGCUGAUUAUUUGAAGCAUCCCUGCAUAGAUACCUGUUAUGUAUUUACAAACAAUGUGCAUGCAAUCUGAAUCAUCAUCUGGGUUAUUUUCUGAAUAUUUUUUUUUUUUAAUCUGUUGUAGCUUUUUUCAAUUUUUUUAUUUUCUAACACAUUUUACUAAUGUAAGUCACUGAAUUACCUUGUUUGAAGCUGCUGUUGAUGCUGAAUGAUGCACAAACUGGAAAUUAAUAAAAGCUCAUCUGCUCA